AAUCGCAACACAGGAGGAGCUUGGGAAGUCGGUGAGUUAUGUGUAGAGGAAAUAGAAUCUGCAAAUUCAGAACUUCUCCGAACAGCUUAAUACAAUGCCUUCAGGGAGAAUCUGUGGUCUGGCAGUGAAAGAUGUGCGCUUCCCCACAUCGCUCGAACAGCACGGCUCCGACGCCAUGCACACGGAUCCCGACUACUCCGCAGCCUACGUCAUCAUUGAGACGGACUCGGGAACCCGGGGCUUCGGCCUCACCUUCACCGUAGGGAAAGGGACGGAGAUCGUGGUGUGUGCUGUGCAGGCUCUGCGUCCAUUGGUGCUGGGGAAGACUCUUGAUGACAUCACCGCAGACUUCAGGAGCUUCUACCGUUUACUCACUAGUGACGGACAGAUGAGAUGGGUUGGACCAGAGAAGGGGGUGAUUCAUUUGGCCACGGCAGCGGUGCUGAAUGCCGUAUGGGACUUGUGGGCACGAGCCGAAGGAAAGCCGGUGUGGAAGCUACUUGUUGAUAUGACACCUGAGCAGCUGGUCUCAUGUAUCGACUUCAGAUACAUCAGUGAUGCCCUGACUGACCAGGAGGCAUUGGACAUACUUCGCAAGGGCCAGGAGAGUAAACAGCAAAGAGAGGAGCAGAUGAUGAUUGAGGGCUAUCCAGCUUAUACCACCUCUUGUGCCUGGCUGGGAUACCCUGACCAGCAGCUCACACAGCUCUGCUCCCAGGCCCUGGCUGAUGGUUGGACGGCGUUUAAAGUGAAGGUGGGGGCGGACCUUGAUGAUGAUAUUCGGCGCUGCCGUCUGAUUCGCCAGAUGAUCGGUCCUGAGAAGAUCCUGAUGAUUGACGCCAACCAACGCUGGGAUGUGGGCGAGGCUGUUGCCUGGGUAACGCGCCUGUCGGAGUUCCAGCCGCUGUGGAUCGAAGAGCCCACCUCUCCUGAUGACAUCCUCGGCCAUGCCCACAUCUCUAAGGCUCUUGCUCCGCUGGGUAUUGGAGUAGCUUCUGGAGAACAGUGUCAUAACAGGGUGAUGUUUAAGCAGUUUCUUCAGGCCGGAGCCUUGCAGUUUGUCCAGAUCGACAGCUGCAGAGUGGGCAGUGUCAAUGAGAACCUGGCAAUCAUGCUCAUGGCCAGCAAGUUUAAUGUGCCUGUGUGUCCUCAUGCAGGAGGUGUAGGCUUGUGUGAGCUGGUUCAGCAUCUCAUCCUCUUUGACUACAUAUGUGUGUCCGGCAGUCUGGAAAAAAGGAUGUGUGAAUAUGUGGACCAUCUCCAUGAACACUUCAAGAACCCCACCAUUAUCCACAACGCCCACUACAUGCCUCCUAUGGCUCCAGGGUUCUCCUCGGAGAUGGUGGAAUCCUCUGUGGAAAAACACACGUUUCCUCAGGGCGAGGUGUGGAGGACCGUCAAUCAGCUGUGACACACACACACACAACUGAGAUUUGGAACAAACUAGCAAAAAAUCACACUUUAAACAGAAAACUAACACUUGCUGCUAUCCUCACUACAAGAUCAUUCUAUGCUUAAGAGAGAUUAGUAAACUAUGGCUGAUUAAUGUUUGAUUCAUGAACUAAUAGCGAUUAAUGUUUUUUUAAUGUUUCUUUUUUUUUUAAAUGUUACCACACAAGAAACAUCUGGGGCCUGUA